AUGCUCGCUCACCAGGAACGUUCUUCUCACAACACCACCACCGCCUCCUCUACCGCCCAUCCUCCAACCUCAUCAACUGCUGUCGCCUCAGCCUCAGCCACCGUCGCUGUCCCUUCAACAGCCGAGUCUUCUACGUCUCGCCAACGGCAGGACCAGGACGCCAGCCAUCGUUCCGACGACGAACCGUCCCGACGACAACCAGUUUCUGCUACCCCUUCGACGUCAGCUGCUACUGCCGCCGCCGCCGAACCUGUUGCCUCGUCGUCAUCAGUCCCUUCCUCGUCAAAGGCUCCAGCCCCCCGAUCCGCGACAACCAUGCCUCAGUACACCUCUCGCGAUGUCGGCGACCCGUCGCAGAUCAAGAAGAACAAGCAGUCAAUGGCCGACCUCAAGCUGCGACGGUUAACGGAACUGAACAACCGCCUGCGCGAAGAUCUCGAGAGGGAACGCAUCCCCGUUAGCAAUGCUUCUAAGAGCAUCAUUGCCUACUGCAACAGCACGAGGGAUUACAUGGUCCCGUCGGUUUGGGGCGCUGUCCCCCGCGGCGAAGACCCCUACGCACCACAACAAAGCGGCGGAUGCUGUUUGGUGAUGUAA